GGCAGUUUGGACGUUUCAGAGUGCGAGAAGCGCUGGACGAAUUCUGCAAAAAGACAUGCGGAACGUCAGCUUGAUCAUCUUCUGCGCCCUUCUAAUAAUUGUGAUUAUUACUCUCGUCGAUGCUCAGCAGCAGAAGUCAAAAAAGGCUGCUGUUCCAACCAAUAAGCCGGCGAGGGCGGCGAGCAAUGCAAAGGUGAAGAGCGCCCAAAAUCUGUCCAAGGGCAGACAAGCAGCCACCAAAAAGCCUUCCACGACGAUCAAGAAAAGAAGGGCCACCACCAAAAAGUCAACCACUAAAGGAAUUUUAAAGGCGUUUAGCAAAUCAAAUUUUGCUCUGACCACAGUUUUUGAUGAGGAUGCUCCGGAUAUUGAAUCGGGAACCGACUGUUACGACUCGUGCUUUCCAAAUUCAACCUUUAUAACUGGAGCCGGAAAAAUCCGAAAUCCUGAACAGUACGGAAGGUUUUUAGAUUUUGGUGGGAAAACAUACUUGCUGGGCAAAAACGCGGUAGACUGGAAGGAAAAUUGGAAGACCUGUUGCGCCUUAGGAAUGACACCCAUGAUUUUCGUGAGCCAAGAUGAGCUGACCGAAUUCGCUCGAGGUUUUGAAAAAUACGCAAGUAACAAAGAAACUAAAUACUGGACCGGUGGCUUCAAGCACGAACUGAACAACAUGUGGUCCUGGUGCACCAAAGACAGUCCCGAUCCAAUGGACGAAAAUUUGGUGACAGAAUUGUCCAAGGAAAAGGACAAGAGCGACAAUAACUGCGUGUCCAUGUCCACGAGUGUGGGUGGAAGCAUCACCCUGACCAAUUACUUGUGCAACAUCACGAUGGCGACCGACAGCAACUCGUCGAUUUACUUGGCCUGCGAGUCCAUUGAUAAAACGCCGGACGACUUAUUGGGCGACAGAUCAAAAUGCACAACACGGUGCAAUGCAACCCGCUCGUGUAAAAGGAAUGAAACUCUAUUCAAAUUUAAUAAAAACAAUGAGAUGAUUUUGGAAAAUCGCUACAAGUAUGGCCGAUGGGUUUCAAAGUGCGGAAGAUAUUUCCUGUUUUCUAACAAAACUAACACGUACGACGAAGCCCGCGAUAGGUGUUGCGCUCUCGGAAUGGAACUCCUGUCGAUAAAAACUGCCGCAAAAAGAAAGUGUCUUUCGAAAGUCACCAGAGAUUAUCCGGACACAACAGGUGAAUUUUGGACCUCUGGCACGGACUUGGACUGCAACGGCGGCUACCGAUGGUGCUCCGUGGACAGGGCGUUUCUCAAGCACGAGGUUCUCUGGGGAGCGGACGAGCCGAACCAGAAGAGAGGCGAUUGCGUCACUGUGAGGACCAAUUCCAACGCCAAGCUCACCACACUCCAAACAGAUCUUUGCCCCGCCAAGAAGAGAUACAUCUGCGAGGUGCGUCAAUCUGGUACAACUGUCGAGACCGUGCAAAAGGAAUGCGUCGAUCUGUUUGGUCUUACAAACGCUGAGGUUGAAGGUUUAGACAAUAUUAGCAACUACACCAAUAAGAUGAAGUGCUAUUUGAAAUGCAUUGGAGACAAUCUGGGAAUGCUCGUUAAUGGAGUACUACAAGAAGGAAACGUGAUGCGGCUGAUGGAAAAGUCCAAUGAAAAGGGCGACAUGGACAAGGGUUAUCAAGCGAUCAACGAGUGCAAAAACAAAUCAAUUCCGGACGACGAAUGCGAGAGCGCGUACCGAAUGUAUAAGUGCGGAAAAGAGCAGGCGCCGGUUGUGUUUGGAAAAAUGGUCGUGUAUAAAGAAGUCACGUCAGAAGAUAAUACCGCACCUGUUGAUAUGGCAGAGCCUAGGACAUGCAAACUUAAGAUGUCAACAAGGUGUCAAAUCAAUUCUCUCUACAAAAACAUGUUCAAAAAUUCACUCACAACUCCGGAAGGUGGAAGUGCAGUUACGGGCAUAGAUGGGAAAACUUGGUUUAAAUCAAAUUACAGCAAAGCUUGGAAUUAUACGGAUGCGUACAUGUUUUGUUGUCACAUGGGAAUGCACUUGCCAGUAUCCAGCGAUUAUGAAGAAUUUGUGAAGCUCUACGAUUUCUUGAACGGCACUACUCAGGAUAACUUUUACGACGAGACGCAAACUGAUAAAGACACUGAAAGGUGGUGCACCACUGACAUCAAACUGGACGCAAGAAUGUCGGAUAAUAACUUCACACUGGACAAGGAAUCAUCUUUCCUCUACUCGCACAAGUCUGCGCCUAAAUACAAGCUCAUCUCUUUAAGAUACUCGCGGAUGUAUGCGAUUGAAGUGAAUUAUUUUUACUGUCAGCCCGAAGAUGAAUCAGAAUGAAAAAUUGGACUAAUUACGGAUUUUAUAAUUGAUCUGAAUAAAACAUAAACA